AUAAAGCAUAGCAUGGGGGAAAACAUGUUCGAAUGAAGAAGAUGAAGCUUAGAUCGAUGACGAUGGGGUUCAAACAUUUCAUCUUUGCAUUGCUCGCUGGUUUGGCUCUUCUACUUGUGGUUCAUGCCCAGGACCAAUCAGGCUUCAUAAGCAUAGCUUGUGGGUUACCAGUGAAUUCUAGCUUCACCGAGAAGAACACAGAGAUAAAUUACAUUUCAGAUGCGACAUUCAUAGACACAGGUACAAGUAACAGCAUAUCAACUGAUAUCAAAGAUAGCCAUCAACAACAGGUAUGGAAUCUCAGAAGCUUUCCUCAAGGAAACCGCAACUGUUACAGCAUAAACGUCACAGGAGGCACUAAAUAUUUGAUCCGAGGAACUUUCUUGCAUGGGAAUUAUGAUGGACAAGAUAAUUUACCACAAUUCGAUGUGUAUAUUGGAGCAAAUAUCUGGGAGACAGUCAGAGUGGACAAUUCAUCGAUUAGUAUCUGGAGGGAGCUCAUACAUGUCCCGUCUCGAAAUUAUCUACAGCUCUGUCUUGUAAACACGGGCCGCGGGACACCAUUUAUAUCAGCAAUAGAGUUAAGGCCAUUGAUAAAUGCCUCCUAUGUCACAAAGUCUGGAUCAUUGGCACUCAAUUGGCGCGCAGAUGUUGGAUCAAAUGAAGGAUACAGGUAUCCAGACGAUGUUCAUGAUCGCUAUUGGCAGUCCUUAAACUACUUUAGUUGGACAAAUUUAAGCACCAAUCUUACCGUUGACUCCCAAAAUCACAAUGAUUACCAAGCACCAUCUGUUGUCAUGAGUACUGCCGUCACACCUUUAAAUGGUAGCGCUCCCUUGGGGGCGUUCAAAUGGGACUCAGAUAAUGCGAGUACCGAAUAUUAUGUCUACAUGCACUUUGCUGAAGUUGUAAAGCUCGAAGCCAACCAGUCCAGAUCAUUCAACGUUACCCUCAAUGGGAAGUACUGGUAUGGACCCCUUGUUCCCGAUUACUUAUCUACAACCACUCUGUAUAGCCCAUCGGCCAUAAGUGGAUCGGGCAAUUAUCAAUUUUCACUCGUCAAAACUGAAAAAUCAACACUUCCACCCAUCCUCAAUGCAUUUGAAAUAUACAAAGUGAAAUAUUUCUUGCAAUCAGAGACAGACCAAGAAGAUGUUGAUGCCAUCGCAAAAAUCAAGUCAACGUAUGGAAUAAAGAGAAUUUGGCAAGGAGAUCCGUGUGCCCCUAAAGGAUACUCGUGGGAUGGUCUAAAUUGUAGCUUUGAAGCUAAUACUCCACCUAGAAUCACAUCCUUGACCUUGUCCUCAAGUGGACUAACUGGACAGAUAUCUGCCGACAUAUCAAACCUCGUAAUGUUGCAAUAUUUGGAUCUAUCUAACAAUAGCUUAACUGGAUCAGUGCCUGAUUUCCUGUCUCAAUUACAAUACUUGAGGGUCUUAAACUUAGAACGAAACCAGCUGUCCGGUUCAGUUCCAGCUCAACUAAUUGAAAGAUCAGACAAUGGUUCAUUAUCACUAAGGAUUCUUGGCAAGGGUGGAUUUGGAACUGUUUACCAUGGAAACAUAGAGGACACUCAAGUAGCAGUGAAGAUGCUUUCUCCAUCAUCAAUUCAAGGGUUUCAACAAUUUCAAUCAGAGGUUAAACUUCUUAUGAGAGUUCAUCAUAGAAACUUAACUACUCUUGUUGGGUAUUGCUACGAAGGAACUAACAUGGGCCUCAUUUACGAGUACAUGGCCAACGGAGACUUAGCAGAACAUCUUUCAGGUGAGAAGACAAAAAUCUUGAGUUGGGAAGAUAGACUCCGAAUAGCGACAGAUGCAGCACAAGGAUUGGAGUAUAUGCACCAUGGUUGCAAGCCGCCAAUAAUUCACAGGGAUGUGAAGUGCACAAACAUCUUGUUAAAUGAAAAUUUUCAUGCCAAACUAGCUGAUUUUGGGCUGUCCAAAUUUUUCCCCACCGAUGGCGGCACUCAUGUGUCGACCCGUGUUGCUGGAACCCCUGGGUACCUAGACCCCGAGUGAGUA